GUAUUUGCAUGGCAAGUAUAGGCAAAUGAAGUUCCCUGCCCUGUGGUGUACCUUUAAACUUGUUCUCCUGGUUGGACACACAAGUCGGACAGAAGCUAACCUAAGCCCUUAGGUUAAGAAGGAUUCUGUACCUGAAGUGGACAUGCUUUCCUAUUUGCAUGAUCUAGUUUAUAUCACGUAGUUCAAGAAAAAACAAGACCCUCAUCAUGGAUAGCAGUGCUGAUGAGCAGCAGACGCUCACUGUCCUCUCAUGGAAUGUCAAUGGUUUUACCCGCAAAAAAUCAGAUGUCCUACAUCAUUUGAACCUUCUACAGGCUGAUGUGGUCUUUCUUCAGGAAACUCACAUUGGUCCUAGUACCAACUAUGCAGCUGGAAGUAUUAAAAUUCAGAGUUUAGAACCUCAAUACGACUGGGAGGUGUACACCAUAUACAAAAAAACAUCUCGAGGUGUAGCCAUACUCUUCAGAAAGGGCUUGGGCUGUGAAGGACUCAAAGUAAUUGGAGACGGAAAUGGAAGAUUCAUGAUCAUUAGCUGCAGAUUUCAAGAACAAGACUUUGUAUUUGUUAAUGUGUACAAUCCAAUGAAUGAAAAGAUUGAUUUCGCCAAGUUCACGGACUCUCUCGUCUCAGUCUCGCAAUCUGCAUUAUUUAUAGUAGGAGGAGAUUUUAACACAGUUAUGGACGCCAAAGUAGACAAAACAUCAAACCACAGAAACAGAGGACACCGUGACCGUUUCAAAGGUCUCACAAGUUUUCUGGAGUUCUUUAACCUGGUUGAUGUCUGGAGGUGGCUUUACCCAGAGGAGAAAAACUUUACAUACUUUGAUGCGAAAGGAAAGUCAAGGCUGGAUUAUUUCUUUCUACCUGUCAGAAUUCUGAAAAACGUGACCGCUUGUGAAAUCCAUGAAAGAAUUCAGUACUCAGAUAAAGAAGGCUGCAUUUCUGACCAUGCUCCUCUAUCUGUCCAGAUCCAAAUUGCUGGCCAGAAGUGGCAGUUCCAGUCUGGGUUUCUUAAGGAUAAGAGCAUCAUGGACCAACUUUCUGUCAUGAUCAGAAACUUCUCAGAAGCCCAGCGGAGCAGUAAAGAAGAUAUGUGGCCAGCACUGAAAGUUAGAGUAACUUGUGAGACACUAAAGGCUUUUAGUAAAAAUGGAGGUGACUCCAGAUCACCGAGACAAUUGGCUGAGAUUCAAACACAUCAGGUUCUUGAGAAUCAACCAGUAAAAGACAAUGAGUUGUUCAGUUCAGGAAGCUGUGUUCCAAUCCCAUGUCCGCCAAGUAUUUUGAGUGAAGUAUCACCUAUUCGGGAACAUCUGAAGCGUUUGCACAAGACCAGGAUGCUUGAAGAUAUCAAGUUCACACUGAACGCGACUCUAAGUGAGCCAAUUUCAAAGAUAGAAAUUUUUUCUGCCAUACGUUCCCUCCCUACCUCUAACCAGGCAACACCAGAUGGACUGCCAGUCAUGUUCUACAACGAGCUUGCAACACAAAUAACUGACCUGCUUCAAGUGUUCUUCAACCAAGCCCUUGAGCUACAGAGCACUGAGUGUAUAUUUAAUGAAGCUUUCCUUUCAGACGCCUUUCCAACUACAGUUCUGAAUUUGAAUGCCAAUGACACUGAUCAUACCUACUGCAGUAAAAUCCAACAGUACAGUCCAGUCUUCAUAUUUAAUGUAGACUAUCAUAUUCUAGCCCUGAUUCUUGCAGAGAGAUUGAACAGUGUCAUGGGGUGUCUGAUGAAUCAGGGCAAAAUCAGGCUAAAUCUAUCUGUUCACGAUUGUGUUGAUGCUUUUAAGAAAAUCAGAGCAGAUCAAGUGCCGGUACUAGUUUUUUCUAUCAAAUUGGAUCCCGGUGCAGUAAAAUGGACCUACCUAUUCCAGAGGUUCAAGACCCUGAACUUGCCGGACAGAUUCAGGUCUAUUGUGCAGUUCUUGAUGCUAAAAGAAGACACAACAACCAAUGCAAUAUACACGUCAGAUAGUACAACAGCUGUUCCUCCAUCUCGAGGACUUAAAUUAGGCUGCCCACUGACUUCUUUACUGAUAAGCAUCUGCCUGCUACCUCUUAUCCACUCUAUCAAUGAAGAGGACAGGCUUCAGGGAGUUAAAAUAGGGGCAGAGCAUCUAAAAACGGUGCUCGACAAAGAUAAAGCGAUAAUAUUCCUCUCUAAUUCAAGUGAAACUUUGGAUGUUUUUGAGGAGUUGCUGAAAGAUUUCAUGAACCAUUCUGGAUUUGUGAUUGAUGGUAGAUUCUCUGAGGUUUUCCUAACAGGGCCUCCAGGAUUUAGUUUAAAAAAAGAGAGGAUGCAAGCGUUCAAGAGGACUCUUGAGGGAUUCUGGUAUAAAGAUGUCUUUGUAGGCUCAGAGAAUCAAGUCCUAUCCCACGGGGUUAGUGUCAAUAACUCUGUGUAUGACUGUUAAGACGUGAUCUUAGAACAGUAACAUUGCUAAACAUAUAUAGCUAUGGGCAGUUGUUUUGUAAUACGAUUUUACAAAAUAGUUGAAAUGAUUGUUACUGUUAAAUUAAUGUUUUAAUGGUUCAAGUAAAGCUGUUAUUUUAUGUUAUUUAAUAAAAUAUGUGGUUAUAACUCACUUAAGCCUUUGUCAAUUGGCAAAGCACUUGUUAUGGAUUAUGGAACAACCCUAUGAAAAGUCAAAUGCAUUACAUAUCAGCAUACAUACAGUGGCUUGCAAAAGUAUUCAUACCCCUUGAACUUUUUCACAUUUUGUCAUCUUACAACUAAAUGAGAUAAAACGUGCUAAAAAAGCGAUAGACCAACACGAUAUAGGACAUAAUUGUGAAGUGGAAUGAAAAUGAUACAUGGGUUUUCAAAAUUUUAAUCAAAUAAAUACCUGAAAAAGGAUGACCUGCAAAAGUAUUCAAAAAGUAGAGACGCUUUCACGGCCAGUCUUUUAGGAGUAUGUCUCUACCAGCUUUUUCACAUCUAGAGACAGAGAUUGUUGCCCAUUCUUCUUUACAAAUGUGUUGUGUGCCAAAAAGGCAUGUGUGUGUGUUUUUUUUCUUUCUAUUUUGUUUUCUUGUUUUCUCUACUCUACCACUUUCCCGCACUAUCCUAAUUACUGCCAGCCAAUGGGAGAGUUGCAGAAGAUCAGCUGACUAGAUCCACCAAUGGAAGAAGUGGCUCACCAGGAAGGGGCAGUGCUUCCUGGUUAAAUACCUCCAUGUGUGGAGUAAUGGAGGAGGUUUUUGUUUGGGAGGUUUUGUGUUGCUGAGACUUUUUAAGAGUUUUUUUUUUUUAAAGCUUUCUGAUUUAGACUUUGGUAAAGUAUAUUGUAGCUCUGUAGAGGUUUAUGCUAGUGAUGGGCGGAUGAAGCCUCACUGAAGCUUUUGAAGCUUCUUCCUGAUUGUGCCGAAAAGGAUUCGAGGCUUUGAAGCCUCGGAAAGAGUGACAUCUGGUGGCUAAACUAAAUUAUUACACCUCCAUUUUACCUCGAAGCAAAUGAACCCUGUGAGAUUUACUGCUCAAUCAAUAUCCCUUCUGAUCCACUGUUAACUAUGUUUUAUUAUUAAAGUGAUGCAAUA